AUGGGCUCACGGGAGUUCUGCACCGAAGUAACACCACAAUGCCCGGUCGAGCUCACGACUUAUGGUUAUCGCCCUACUCUCGCCGGUAACAGCAUCAUCCUCGCAUUAUUUGGGAUCUGUACCAUAGCUCAACUCGCUUUGGGCAUAAAACAUCGCCUCCCCGCUUUCGCCUCCGUGGUGUGUAUAGCAUGUGCGCUAGAGUGCGCAGGAUAUGGAGGAAGGCUGAUGAUGAACGACAACCCGUGGUCGAGUGGAGGGUUUAAGCUGCAGAUUGUCGGACUCAUCCUCGCACCUUCUUUUCUGGCUGCCGGCAUAUACUUGACUUUCAAGCAUCUGGUUAUAGUUUUGGGGCGGCAAUACUCCAGGCUGAUGCCAAGACUCUACCCUUGGAUCUUCAUUAGCUGCGACUUUGCGAGCAUUGUUUUGCAGGCGAUUGGUGGUGGCAUUGCGGCUAGCGAGACGGAACAGCUCCUUGAUGUCGGCAACGGCAUCAUAAUAGCCGGUAUCGCAUUUCAGGUUGCGACUAUGGGAGUCUGUAUUCUUCUGGCUGUUGACUUCGCUAUCAAGCUCUGGAAGUCUCGAUCACGAUCUACCGCCGAUGGUGCUGCAUUGGAAAACGUUAAGACUUACACGACAACGACUGCGUUUUACUAUUACCUGGGAUGCAUGGCAGUGGCGUUCGUUACGAUCUUCAUUCGAUGCAUAUACCGACUUCCUGAGAUGGCUGGUGGCUGGGGCAAUCCUUUGAUGAGGAAUGAGAAAGAGUUCUUGAUCUUGGAUGGAGCUAUGGUUGCGAUUGCAGCAGUCUUGAUGACGAUCGCGCAUCCUGGUAUCUUCUUCCCCGAGAUGAGGGCGAAGAAUGUUGCGAGGCAAGCAGAGCAAGCAGAGAAGGCGGCGGGUGGGAAUGAGAGUCCUUGA